GCCGCGACGCAACCGGAAAUUCAAUCAUUCAGAAAAGAAAGUAGAAGCAGAAUCAGAAUGGACACUCGCGGGCUCCGUUCUCAGCUCAAAGACAGUAUACCUGUGGCAGGUUUAUGUCCAACAGGAUCUUACGGACUUCAAGAUUCUAUGCGUAGCGGCUUCACCAGCGUAAAGAAUGAGCUCCUUCCCAGUCACCCACUGGAGCUGUCAGAAAAGAACUAUCAGCCCAACAAGGACAAGAUGAACUUCUCCACACUCCGAAACAUCCAGGGUCUCCACGCUCCGCUCAAACUGCAGAUGGAGUACAGAGCAGCCAGACAGAUCCAGCGCCUGCCGUUCCUACAGAGCUCCAACCUGGCUCUGGACACGCUGAGAGGCAGCGACGAGUCCAUCGGCUUCGAGGACAUCCUCAAUGAUCCAGCGCAGAGUGAAAUGAUGGGGGAGCCACACAUGAUGGUGGAGUACAAACUGGGGCUGUUGUGAAACGGGUCCGAGCGUCUGCAUUCGUUUGUUUAUUGGCUGAAAUUAGUCGUUGUCUUUGGGAAGGACGGGGUUUGAGGUGUGGUGGUAUUUCUAAUAAACUGAGAACAAUAC